GAUCUUUCAAGAAUGGAAAGUGGAAAUUAAGUGAGAGAGAAAAUGUCGAGAGAAAAACCCAGAAGAGCUAAUCUUCCUCCUGUUCAAGAGAAUAUUAAUAAAUUAGAGAAAGUUAUAAACGAUGGUAAUUCCUACGGAGCUCAGCAGAUGUACAAGUCUAUAAGUGCACGAUAUGUAUCUGCUCAACGAUGUGCUGAGGCCUUGGAUCUGCUUCAUUCAGGGGCAUGCCUUCAAUUGAAGCACGGGGAGGUUACUUGUGGGUCUGAGCUUGCAGUCAUGUUUGUCGAUGCCCUUGUCAAAGGGAAAAUACCAUGUGACCCAGAGAUCCUUGAUCGUAUUCGGAAAAUCUACAAGCUGUUUCCGCAGAUUCCGGUGCCUAGUAACUUUGCAGUAGAAGAUGAUGUUCAAGAACUUACCGAAGCUCUUGGGGCAGCAAAAACACGUCUUCACGGCUGCUCCUCAUUCUUAAAAGCUGCUAUAAAGUGGUCUGCAGAGUUUGGUGCUGACAAGAACGGUGAUCCGCAGCUGCAUACUAUGCUGGCCGAGUACAUAUAUUCUGAAUCUCCUGAAAUGGACAUGGCCAAAGUAUCGUAUCAUUUCGUUCGAGGAAACAACCUAAAGAAGUUUGCAACUACUUUAGUAAACUUCAUGAGCAAGUGUUAUCCAGGUGAAGAUGAUAUAGCCAUUGCACGAGCCAUUCUUAUGUAUUUGUCAAUGGGUAAUCUUCAAGAUGCUAGUUCCCUUAUGGAGGAAUUAAAGAAGCAAGUGCAAGCCCAGGAGCUGGAAUUUCCUGUAUCUGAUUUGAUUCAGUUUAUCAAUUUACUCUUGCUAACGUUGGAAAAAGAGACGUUGCCUCUUUUUAAUGCAUUGAGAGUGAAGUACAAGCCUAGCAUAGACCGAGAACCCGCAUUCAAUGAGUUGGUAUGUGACAUUGCGGAAAAGUUCUAUGGCGUGCAGCGUAGAAAUCCAUUUCAAGAUAUGUUCGGAGACAUGCUGAAGAUGAUGUGAUGAGUUGUCGGCUCAAAUCCCUUUCCAGUUUCGGAUUAGAGAAGCAAUUUCCUUUUCAUCUCCAAAUAUUUAUGAUAUUGUUUCCUAUUUAUUUAUAAUAUUAAUUAAUGUUAUACCCUUUGUAAACAAGAUGGAUCCAUUCUUUGGUUAAAUCAAAAUUUGCCUCCGAAUUAUUCA